AUGGACAUAUUAAUGCCUUUGGUCAAUACAAGUAAGGGUCUAUUGACUUUCAUGGAUGUGGCUAUAGAGUUCUCUAAGGAGGAAUGGGAAUGUCUGGAUUCUGCCCAGAGAGCUUUGUACAGAGAUGUCAUGUUGGAGAAUUACAAAAACCUGGUUUUUGUGGGUGUUGCUGUUUCAAAGUCAGAGGUAAUCUUCUGUCUAGAACAAAACAAAGAAACAUGGAUUGUUGAUAGAGAAGAUAUGGAAGGAAAAAAGCAGGUCUGUCAUGUGAUUGUACCAAGAAGCUACUCCUCAAAGGACAUACACAGAAUUGCAUCCACAACAAAAUAA